AUGUGUUCCACAACCUCCCUGUCAGAUCCAAAGGAGUACCAGAAGGUCUUUCACUGGGCAGGGACGCAGAAGGACGGGACUGUCCCUUCCUACGCUACCAGACGUAAUGAUCUUUAUAAGUACCAAGCCGGGUUUGGUAAUGUCUUUGAGUCAGAGGCAGUGCCUGGCACUAUUCCACAGGGGCAAAAUAGCCCUCGCAACGUUCGAUUUGGCCUAUAUGCCGAGCAGAUCACGGCCACAGCCUUUGUUGCCCCGCGUCAUGCGAACAAGAAGGCGUGGCUGUACCGCGUCCGUCCAGCCGUGGCACACCGGGGCUUUACCGAGCUCCCAGACAACGAGGACACUGAGUCCAACUUCCUGCCGCUAAACCCCCGUAUCCACGUUUCACCCACCCAGCUAGCAUGGCAUCCUUUCGAAAUCCCUGAUAACAGCAGUGGCGAGAUCGAUUUUAUCUCUGGCCUCAAGACCAUAGCCGGCUCCGGCGACCCCACCCUGCGCGAAGGUAUCGCGACCCACGUCUACGUUGCUAAUGCUAGUAUGAUAAAGAGGGCUUUUGUGAACUCGGAUGGUGAGUUCCUGAUUGUGCCGCAGCAAGGUGCCCUAGAUAUCCAGACCGAGUUUGGCCCUCUUUUUGUCCAACCCGGCGAGAUUGUUGUGAUUCAGCGUGGCCUGCGCUUCCGCGUAGAACUCCCUGAUGGUCCGUCUCGUGGUUAUAUUCUCGAAAUAUGGGGCACCUGUUUUGAGCUACCAGAGCUGGGACCCCUGGGUUCUAACGGUCUGGCGAAUGCUCGCGACUUUUUGAGUCCUAUUGCCCAGUACGAGAUCACCCAGGAGCCAUGGGAAAUUAUAUAUAAACUAGGUGGGAAGUUCUUUCGGAGUACUCAGAACCAUAGCCCGUUUGAUGUGGUAGCCUGGCAUGGCAACUAUAUUCCGUAUAAGUACGACAUGACCAAGUUUGUCAAUGUAGGUUCCAUCUCCGUGGACCACAUGGACCCUUCGAUCUUCUGUGUGCUCACGGCCAAAUCGCGCGAUAUCACUGCUCCACUGGCCGAUUUACUGAUUUUCUCGCCACGAUGGGACGUUGCAUCUCAUUCUUACCGACCUCCCUACUACCACCGUAAUGCCGCCUCUGAGUUGAUGGGCCUCAUCUAUGGUGAUUAUGGCGGGCGUUCUGAUGACUUCAGGCCAGGCAGCGUAUCCUUUGAAUGUGGCAUGGUGCCUCAUGGUGUGGCUUACGAAGAGUUCAAGGCAGCCACCGAACAUGCGCCCCCAGUGACGCAGAUCUCCGAGGGCUCGAUGGCAGUCAUGUUCGAGUCCAGCCGUUCAUUCACAAUCACAGAUUAUGCGUGGAACAGUUCGAAGAAGCAUGAGCACGAGCCGAAGAUGUGGGAUAACUUGGUGGAUAAUUUCUCGAAGCAUUCCGACGAGGUGGCGGCGAUAUUGGCGAAGACGAAUGAAUAG